AUGCAUGGAUGUUGUGUGAUGAUAACCUCCUGCCGGAAUUUGCUCGGCGGAAUAGCUCGACUUGCCGAGCAAUCGUCUAGAAACAUAGCCCGCAUACCUCAUUAUGAAUAUCAUAUCAGGUUUAGCCCAAAGGAUGGAAGGAAACGACCAUCUCAGGAUGUACUUGAUAGAUUCAAACGACUUGGCAACGGUAUGUGGAUACGAGCGCAUCGUGGUAAAAAUAAGUUGAGGUAUAUGAAGGACGAUAAGUUUUUGGAGACAAGUCUUUACUAUGAGACGUGUACAAAAGAGGAGUGUGAAAUGCUGGACAAGAUGAUGACACCGUACUGGUUGCGUCGUCAUCACUAUCCUAACGAUCCAUACGCAGCUUACCAUGUAAGACAUGGUAUAGACGCUCCAAGGGUUGAUGACAAGGGCAAAAUGUUGCGAGAACGUGAAAAGAUCCUUCUUGACGACACCACCGCUGAUCGGCUGUUGUGGUCUAUUUUACGAAUAUCCAUCAUAUAUCCUUUAACGAGAAUCGUUGUUCUUUCAAGCAUUGUGGGUGCUUUGCACAAGCAAUUAUAG